GCGGACUCUCUCAUUGGCCGCACCGGCACGGGUUCUCCCUGAGCGCCCACCUCUCUCUCAAUCUCUCUCUCUCUCUCUUUUUUUUUUUUUUGAGGAGAGCGGAAGUGGAGUCACCGAGAGGUAGUCAAAAUGGAAAGGAAAGUGAGCAGAAUCUGUCUUGCUUCUGAACCCAACAUAACUUACUUUCUGCAAGUGUCUUGGGAGGGAACAGUGGGAUCUGGUUUUGAUAUUACACUGACUGAUGGCCAUUCAGCCUGGACUGCAACAGUUUCUGAAUCGGAGAUUUCCCAAGAAGCUGAUGACAUGGCUAUGGAGAAAGAAAAAUAUGCUGAUGAAUUGAGAAAAGCGUUGGUUUCAGGAUCAGGAUCUGACACAUACAGGUUCAUCUUUUCUAGAGAGUCAUGCCAUUUCUCCCUUGAGAAAGAACUGAAAGAUGUCUCAUUUAGGCUUGGUUCCUUCAACCUAGACAAAGUUCCAAACUCAACUGAAGUCAUUAGAGAACUCAUUUGUUACUGCCUGGACACCAUUGCAGAAAACCAAGCCAAAAAUGAGCACCUGCAGAAAGAAAACGAAAGGCUCCUGAGAGAUUGGAACGAUGUUCAAGGCCGAUUUGAGAAAUGUGUGACUGCCAAAGAAGCCUUGGAGGCUGAUCUGUAUCAAAGAUUUAUCUUGGUGCUGAAUGAGAAGAAAACAAAGAUCCGAAGCUUGCAUAAGUUGUUAGGUGAAAUCCAGCAGCUGGAAAAUAACUUGAAACCUGAAAGUGAAGCUACAUGUUCUGAGAGCGCAACUGAGCAAGAUGCAAUUCAUGAAGGAAGUGCUGAUGAAGAUGGUGGAGCUUCUGUGCCGGCUCCAGGUGAGAGGCCACCCUUACCUUACUUAAGGUGUCACUUGGGCUUACUACUAAUAGAAGAAACCAAACCACUCUUUGUAAAGAAGAUUCCUUAUUUUCAAGUCCUGAUGUCACUGACAUUGCGCCAAGCAGGAAGAGAAGACAUCAUAUGCAGAAGAAUCUUGGGACGGAACCCAAAAUGGCUCCGCAGGAGCAGCACCUUCCAGGGAAGGAAAGAAUUGGCUUGCCCCCUCACUGCCUCACACCUUGAAAGAAGGGCACGAGCACGCUUCUGCUGAAAACAUGUCUUUAGAAACCUUGAAAAACAGCAGCCCGGAAGAUAUCUUUGAUUAGAUACAAAUCCUAGGACCUGACUUGUGUUCAUUAAGCGACUUUCUUUGUCCAGCUCUUUCAAAUGAAAAGACAGGCAUUAAGCUUAGCAGCAAUGGUUACUAUGUACACACAAAGUGAAUUACAGAAUUAUAUGAUAAUCUGAUUGAAUGGCAAAGGGACACUUUUAUCAACCAUUCAUGUUGCCUACUAAAUCUGAAUUUUUAUUCCAAAGGGUACAUUUAUCAUAUUCCUUUACAUGUUAUUGUAACUUUUUAAUGACUCUUGGAAGAUUUUGGUAAUAGGGCAAAGGAAAACCAUCUUUUUAAAAUGUCCCUGAUUCUAUUUGAAUUGCACUUUAAACAACAUGUUUGAAAACUUCAAUUUAUGAAGUGACACAUAUAAAAUAUAUCUUUAUGUUGUAUGUAAACAAUCUGAAUAUCUGAUAAUUAAUAAAAGUUUGUGUUCCUAAAGAAA